AUGAGUACGAAAAGAUGUUAUUCGCUAAGCGAAACACGUAUCGAAGAACAUCUUAAGCUGUUGGAAAAAUUGGAAACACUGCCAUUGGCAGAUAGUUGCUGUGAUAUAUGUCAUUGUGAUUGCUACAACAGUCAUCGUAGUGAAACUGAUGAGUGCUGCAAUAGCAGCAAACAAGUUAACAAGGACAGUAAGCUAGCUGCAGACAAUAAUUCGCUGGAAGAAGCGGUCAACACAAAAGUUAGGAAAAAGAAAUGUGCUUCCAUAACCACAAAAUCAAAUCGUACAACCAAAUCAAAACAACAUUCCAAUGAAACAACACUGCCAAAUGAAAACUUAACUUUUGACGCAUUGACUACAAGAAAAUCAAGAGAUCCAGAUUUACGUAAGAAACGUAAAGCAAAGAGACGCUCUAAAAGUGUUGCGUUACAAAGAAGUCAAAGUCAAUGUUCAGAACGCCAUUAUACUAGAGAUUGUGAAAUUUUGCAAGAUCUUUUAACUUCACUGGAUGAUAAAAAUUUAUCGAAUUUAGAAAUUGUAGGCAAAUCAACAGAGACUCAUAAGGAAUUGGUUGAUACCAACAAAUAUACUAUGAUAAGUACUUCCAGAACUCCACUACCACUGCCACAAAGUUAUUAUUCGUUUUCCUAUCUCGAUGAUACAGACACCAGUUUUGCACCCAUAAGACUUAGCGAAUCUAUGGCCAAUUUAUGCUUGGCUCCUACCAUUAAAGAAGCAUAUAAUAAAGUACCUGAUCACGAUAAACGCAUUUUAAAUCGUAUGGCCACAAAACGUACCGAACAGGCGUUGGCCAAGGAGAAUGCUUGGCUAGCACGUAAAUAUUGGGAGAAUGAACGUUAUGAACGAGAACUUUUAAAAUGCGAACAAAUGGAAGAAUAUAAAAAGGCCGUGCGUGAUAAACAAUUUCAGGAUUAUCUACAAACCAAAGCCAGACUUAAUGAGAUCGCCCAACGUGACUUAUCCGAAUUGCAACGUUUAAAGGAAUCCUUACAGCAAAAAGAUGAUCGUACAAAGAAACGUUUACAAAGUUUGCGCACUGAACGUGACUUAGCCGUUAAUCAAAAGCGGUGUGAGGAACUGCGUAAAAUGGAAUGUGUCAAUCUACAUCAAGAAGAGCACAAUUUGGACGAAAUGCUACGUAAAAGUGAAACAUGUCAUCGUUUAACGGAGCGCCUAAAACGAGCCGAUCAUAUACGCAAUAAAAUGUUGGAAAACUAUCUAAAACGUUUACGCUAUGACAACUACAUUGAGCAAUUGCAACAUGAAGAGCACUGGCGUGAAGUUCAGCUAAACGAGAAAUUGAAACGUGAACAAUUGAAAGAACAAAUUUCUCGUAAACGUUGUCGAUCGCAACAUUUUGUUGAGACAAAACAGCAUCGUAAUGAAACUAUACGUAAAACUGCCAAACUUUCUAAAAGUUUGAGAGAUAUUGUACGUUCGUCGGUAACACCUGAGACAGGUGUUACACUUUUCGGUACUGGACCGUCGAAUAAUAUUGGUGUAAAUGCUCAGAAUUCUUUGAGUAAAUUGUUACUUAAUCGUCCGUUUUAAAAACGUUCAUAGCUUUAAGA